GUACUUUGUUCAAAUUGCUGAUGUAUGAGAAAAUGACCUUUUUAUCAUGUGUGCGCAGCUUGUUUGAAGUUAAAAUACCAGUUGAAUCUUAUUCCACAAUAGCAGAAAGAACAAAUUUUUUUUUGUCUUGCACAGUAUUAGUAAAAGUUGUACUAUAUGUCUUAAAAGAAUUCAACUUGAUAAAAAAUGGAUUAGAGGCUAAUCGUGAUAUUUUCAACCAUAAAAGGAUCAAAGCAGCCCAAGACACUAGUAAUGAUGAUAUUAUAUAUCCAUCACCAACAAAGAAGCAAAGAACCACAAAGGACACUAAAAAUUAG